AUUUUAUAUUCCAACUUGGUAUCAGAGCUUUCUUUUCCUCUUCCCCAUUAAUGGCUACCACCAAAGCUUCCGCCUUUCACCCCGCUCUUGCUAUUUCCAACAUUAAAAAUUUCAUUCCCAUUACCUUAGACAUCGAGAACGUUGAGUACUCCUCAUGGGCGGAGCUGUUUAAAAUUACCGCCCGUGCCUCCCAAGUUCUCGACCAUAUUAUCCCUCCCGCUGCAUCUUCCACUGGAAGUUCUUCUACCUCCACUACUGAGCUUACUCCUGAGCAACUUCUCGCUCAAGCCGCUGCCAAGGAUGAGGCAGCCGCUCUCUGGACCCGUUUGGAUGCCAUAGUCCUUCGGUGGAUAUACGGUACAAUAUCUCACGAUCUACUCCACACUAUUAUUGAACCCGACUCCACUGCGCAAGAGGCUUGGGAACGUCUUGACGAUAUCUUCCUCGACAAUAAACGUUCCCGGGCGAUGCACUUGGAGAAUCUAUUUUCAAACACACGUUUGGAAAAUUUUCCAAACGGUUCUGCCUACUGCCGUUCUCUCAAGACAUUGGCAAACCAAUUGCACAAUGUUGGCGCUACGGUCUCCAAUGACCGACUGGUCCUUCGACUAGUCAAUGGCCUCUCCGCCCAAUACGACACGAUUGCUUCUAUUAUUCAACAGACCGUCCCGUUGCUGACUAGAAUGCCCGGUCUAUGAUAAUUCUUGAUGAAACCCGGAAGGCACAUCAACUUGGCUCCCCCUCUCCCAGUGCUCUUCUCCAUGGCUCGACACCUACCCCUGCUCCGCGUCCCAAUCAACCCAGUCGUGGAGGCCGCGACUCUACUGCCCGGCGAGGGCGUGGUGGUGGCGGACGUGGUACCCCUCGGCCCAAACCUCCUCCUCCCAAUGCUUGGACGUCCCCACCACCAUGGGCCAUGCCGCCAUGUCCUUACCCUUCAAACCCAUGGACUGGUCCGCCUCGCCCAAACUCUAGUGUCGACAUUCUCGGCGCUCGCCCGCAUCAGGCCCAUGUCUCUGGCCCGACACCCUCUCUCACAGACGUGAACAGUGCCAUGCAUACCAUGACGCUUACUCCACCGGAUAACAAUUGGUAUAUGGACACCAGGGCCACAUCUCAUAUGAUCAAUGACUCAGGAUCUACGCACGGGACAACAACUCAUGAGGUGUAACAGUACGGGCGAUCUCUACCCUCUCCAGCCCACCAUUCCAAGAUCAUCUCACUCAGCAUUUCUUACUACCUCGGCCGAUACCUGGCAUCACCGGCUACGCCAUCCCGGGAAUCCCGUUUUCAGUUUUCUUAGAACAAAUAAAUGUACUCCAUGUACUCGUUUGCAUAAUUCUUUUUGUGAUUCGUGUGAAUUUGGCAAGUAUACAAAAUUGCCUUUUUCUUCCUCUGUUUCAGUUACUCAUUAUCCAUUUGAAAUAAUACAUAGUGACUUAUGGACAUCUCUCGUGCUCAGUUCUAAUGGUCA